CCCAUCUCUUUAAACUCAGAGUUGGUUGAACCUCCUUAUUGAAACGGGCCCCUGCACAUGGCUGACAGAGUUCAGUGUUGUUGAGAUUUUACGUCUGGUUGCUGAUGGGAUUGUUCAACAUGCAGCUGUAGGAAUUAUCCAGACACUCCAGAUGAAAAGAAAGGCUUCUUUUGGGAUCAGAUACACUGCUGGACAAUAAACCGUUUCCUUUGUACCAGGAGAGAGUCACAUGACUCACAUUCACCACUGAACACAGAAACACGUAUUUGGACACUGAUGAUCCUGAUUAUGAUGAAGAUGAUGAUAAUGAUGAUGAUGAUUUUUGGGACAGGAAAUACUGAUUGCUACAAUCUACAGGAACAGGCAGACAAGCUGACGAGAUAUUAGAGAACAAUUCUAAUUUACAGUAAGCAAACAGGCCAUUUAAUUGGUCAGUAUUUAAUGAGUUGAGUGUAAAUUGUGAUGUCAGUCAUUGAAAGUCUGAUUCGCCUUAUUCACCUCGAACGUUCCACCGAGCCUGAGGGGUACACUUACCACUUCCAGGAGUUCUCACAACGCGAUUUCUCUCAGUGCAAUGGCGCCUCACUGCUGUGUUCCCCAAUGCACUUCAUCACACAGGAAAAAAUCUAACAGAGGACAAACGUUUCACCGUUUCCCCAAAGAUCAGGGACUACGUCGACAAUGGAUAAUAAACAUCAGAAGGGAUCCUGGUCGUAAUUUUAAGAUAAACACAUACACAAAAGUGUGCUCGGAGCAUUUCCUCCCAGACUGCCUUGUGAAAAGCAAGACUGGUAUCACCAAGUUGAAACAGGGAGCUGUGCCAACUGUGUUUGCAUGGAGUUCUGUCAGACCAGAGAGGAGGAGUGUUGUUAGAACUGCAAGUAAUGUUUCCACGGAUCUCGAUGAUCGACAUGGUGUGAAUGUGUUGAGUGAAGAGACACCCCCUCCGCACCCAGACCAUGAAUAUGCUGCACUGCCUCCCUCACUUCAAGAUCAAUUUGAGGAAGCCCGCAAGACCAUCGGUGAUCAAGAACUUUUAAUUUUAGAGCUUCAACAAAAACAGUUUUUGAUUUCAAAUUUUCAAGGUGACGAUAAACAGAUUUCAUUUUAUACAGGGUUCCCAGAUUAUGAUACAUUUAAAGCUGUGUUUAUGGCCCUGCAACCUACUGCAGAAAAUAUGGUGGGAUGGAGUCAGGCUCAGCGACUUAAACAUACAAGUGGGGAGGUACUUCGUCAAGGCUUUAGCGCCUCUAAAUUGUCCACUAUGGACCAGUUUUUUCUUUUUCUUUGUAGGUUGAGGCAGGGAUUUCCUGAGCAGGAUCUUGCAACCCGUUUCCAUGUAUCACAGUAAGCAGGAUCUGUGUGACCUGGGUCAAUUUUUUGUAUUUUAUGUUGGGAUCACUUCCAAUGUGGCCUUCAAGGAAAACUGUGGAUGAACUUAUGCCAGAUUGUUUUAAAUGCACGUUCCCGGCUACUAGAGUUAUAUUGGAUUGCACAGAAAUUCAUGUACAGAAACCUAGCUCCAAGGUCCUUAACUCAGCGAUUUAUUCACACUACAAAGGUAACACCACAUUUAAGGGCUUAAUAGGCAUUGCCCCCUCAGGUGAAGUGACUUUUGUCAGUGAUUUAUAUACAGGUUCAAUAUCUGACAAAGACAUUACCAAAAAAUCAGGUAUCCUUUCUGUUCUCGAAGAAGGAGAUAUGGUAAUGGCCGAUAAAGGCUUUCUCAUCAAGGACCUUCUCUCUGAAAGACAGGUCUCCCUUGUAAUCCCUCCUUUUUUAGGCCCAAGUGGACACUUCACUGCAGACGAAGUACGAAAGACUCAAGCGAUAGCAAGACUGCGAAUUCAUGUAGAGCGCGCUAUUAGGCGGAUUAAAGAGUACCAUAUUUUUGAUAAAGUCUUACCCAUGACACUGGUGGGCUCUGUUAACCAACUGUGGGCCGUCUGUGCCCUUUUAACUAAUUUUCAAGGUCCUCUCUUUUAAAAUUCUAAUGUUAAUGUAAAUAUCUACCAAUGUUAUGUAAAUCUCUACAACUGAAAUCUUAAUAUCCACAAAUGUAUUCAAACCUUGAAUAGAAAGUGUUCAUCUUUACGAAUCUGUACAAAGCCUUAACCAUUAUUGUUCUUUAUGAAUCUGUACAAAAUCUUAACCAUCAUUAUUGUUCUUCUUUAUGAAUCUGUACAAAAUCUUAACCAUCAUUAUUGUUCUUCUUUAUGAAUCUGUACAAAGCCUUAACCAUCAUUAUUGUUCUUCUUUAUGAAUCUAUACAAAUAUGUGAACUUGUAUUGUUACCAUAGCACCUUAUCAUGGUCAGUGUAUCACAGGAUCAGUCCGUCAGACCUUAUAAUCACUUCUCAUGCUCUUUACUUUUACAUACCUGUGAGUGAUUUGAUUGUUUUACGUGUAUGUGUGUGUAUGUAUAAGCUACUGGAUGUGUAUCUAUCUAAAGAAUAAAGUACAAUUGUAUUACACAUGGAUGAUGUCCUUCAUAACUUUAUAAUUUAAUAUACCGGAACCAGAACAGGUCGGAAUAUCAGAAAACAUAAAAAAACAUUGAUAGGCACACUGGUCUAGGUUUGUAAAGGUAAAUUUGUACAUAGAAGUUGGUACGGGGGAAUAAUGUAAAAUGGCCUGCCUGUAUACUGUAAGCAUGGAAAAGGAACCAGAACAUCAGAAAACAGGCCGUUCAAAAAACAUUGAUAGGCACAAUGGUCUAGGUUUGUAAAGGUAACCAUGUACAUAAGUAUGGAAAAGGAAACUGAGCAGGUCAGAACAUUAGAAAUUACAUUAGGAAC